GCAUAUGAGGAAAAAAACUUCUGCACUGCUCUGUUCUAUUAAUUUUGAAGCAUCCGAACAGUUGCGGUCCAACUGUAAAAUCGCUUCGUUAUAUGACUUUGUAGAAAUUGGAAGUGACUACCUCAACUUUGUAUCAAGAAUGUGCUUCAAUCGCAUUACGUGCUGAACGCCCAACUUUCUGAAGUAGGAAGCUGGUUUAUGCAUUAUUGUAAUUUUCAGAGAAGAGAACAGUUCUUACCUACUGCAUCCAGAACACUUAUAGUGUUUUAACGUUUUGUUCAAGGUUGUUUAAUGGUGGGUGCUUUUACAGUGACAAAAUGAAAGCGUUGUUCUUUUCAUGUGUUUCUUUUGUAUUAUUGGCUUCAGGGAUAUUCGUUGGAGGAACCCAAAACAGCCUGCAUUGCUAUGAAUGUUCUGCGUAUUAUACACGUGACUGUGGGGAUCCUUUCGACAAUAGUACGAUGACGUUGGUGCCUUUCUGUGCCCAGUGUUCCAAGGGAUCCGUUCAAGUGGACGGACAAACGUAUAUACAGCGAAAAUGUCUGCAUUCAAAGUCAGACGACGGAUGUGAGCGUAACGCUACAAACUGGGAGUGCCUGUGCUCCGAUGCAGCCGGAUGUAACGGCCGAAACACUUUGGUCGCUGAGGGGGCAGGCUAUUCUGUAGAAGCUAGUGCGUCCGUGAUGAUACUAUCGGCAUUUAUUGCAAUUCAACAUUUUGUAAUGCAGUAGCUACUCACGAUCUUAGGCACAAACUUAACAUAUCUCAUACGUAGUUAGUACAGCGGUGUAUUAUAUGUAUAUAAGUUGUUGUUGUUUAUGUUGUUGUUUUUUAAGUUUUUUACACGUUAGAAUGCAAUAUGUUAAUAAAUUUAUAUUUACUUA